AUGGAGGACAAUGAAGCAAUGAAGAAGGAAAUAUUAGAAGAAAAUGUUAAAACAAAACAUGAACGGAUUGAUUUAAAUCAAGAGAAUAUUUCAUGUGACUUUUGUGAUAAAAAAUUUACUAAUCAAAGCAGUUUAAUUAUACAUAAACGAACUCAUACUGGAAAAAAAGCUUUUUCUUGUGAACUUUGUGAUAAAUCAUUUGCUCGGAAAAACGGUUUAGACUACCAUAAACGGACUCAUACUGGAGAAAAUCUUUUUCUCUGUGAAAUUUGUGAUAAAUCCUUUUAUCUUCGAUCUAAUUUAGUUCAACAUAAACGGACACAUACUGGAGAAAAACCUUUUUCCUGUGAAAUUUGUGAUAAAUCAUUUACGCUACGAUCUAAUUUGAAAACACACAAACUGACACAUUCUGGAGAGAAACCCUUUUCUUGUGAAAUUUGUGAUAAAUCAUUUACUCUUCGAUUUGAUUUAGAAAGACAUAAACGGACUCAUACUGGAGAAAAACCGUUUUUCUGUGCAAUUUGUGGUAAAUCAUUUACUCUUCGAGGUAAUUUAGAAAGACAUAAUCGGGCUCACACUGGAGAAAAACUUUUUUCAUGUGAAAUUUGUAAUAAAUCUUUUACUCUUCGAGGUAAUUUAGAAAGACAUAAUCGGACUCAUACUGGCGAAAAACCUUUUUCCUGUGAAAUUUGUGACAAAUCAUUUAAUUAUGAAAGCGGCUUAGACUAUCACAAACGGACACAUACUGGAGAAAAACCUUUUUCCUGUGUAAUUUGUGACAAAUCAUUCCCCCAUCAAAGCGGCUUAGACUAUCACAAACGGACUCAUACUGGAGAAAAACCUUUUUCCUGUGAAAUUUGUGAUAAAUCCUUUAAUCUUCGAUCUAAUUUAGUUCAACAUAAACGGACACAUACUGGAGAAAAACCUUUUUCCUGUGAAAUUUGUGAUAAAUCAUUUACGCUACGAUCUAAUUUGAAAACACACAAACUGACACAUUCUGAAGAGAAACCCUUUUCUUGUGAAAUUUGUGAUAAAUCAUUUACUCUUAGAUUUGAUUUAGAAAGACAUAAACGGACUCAUACUGGAGAAAAACCGUUUUUCUGUGCAAUUUGUGGUAAAUCAUUUACUCUUCGAGGUAAUUUAGAAAGACAUAAUCGGGCUCAUACUGGAGAAAAACCUUUUUCAUGUGAAAUUUGUAAUAAAUCUUUUACUCUUCGAGGUAAUUUAGAAAGACAUAACCGGGAUGAAAAUCAUCGGGUCAUCUGGAUGAAAAAAAAAAACUUCAGCAGCGUCAAGUCGUAAAAAGCUAAAUAAUGUUUGGCUUUUUACGAUUUGACGCUGCUAAAGAAUUUAUUUUUUUCAUCCAGAUGACAGAAC